CAGGGACGGGAGCACAGCUGAAAUAUGCUCCGGUCAGGCCAGCUCAAACACUGAAUGCGUUUGUCUCACAGUGGGACCCCUGAACAUGGACCCUCUGACAGAGUUCCCCUUUAUGGAGGAUGAGGGGCUCACCAUGAAGAGGACAGGGGUUUCCCUCUCUGUAUUUCUCUCAAGAGCCUCUCCAAGACCCUGACUCAGACGUGUAUGCCAAGUUCUUCAUGAGUCACUGCUGCUACGAUGCCAUUCCAACAAGCUCCAAACUAGUCAUCUUUGACACAACGCUGCAGGUGAAGAAAGCAUUCUUUGCACUGGUUGCAAACGGGGUCAGAGCGGCACCUUUAUGGGAUAACAAGCUGCAGUGUUUUGUAGGGAUGCUCACCAUUACAGACUUUAUCAACAUUCUCCAUCGUUACUACAAAUCUCCCAUGGUUCAGAUCUAUGAGCUGGAGGAACACAAGAUUGAAACAUGGAGAGAGGUCUAUCUGCAGUAUUCUCUCAACUCCCUGAUCAGCAUCACACCUGACUCCAGCCUCUUCGAAGCCAUUUAUUCCUUACUGAAGAACAAGAUUCACCGGCUACCCGUCAUAGAUCCAGAUUCGGGGAACGUCCUCCACAUACUCACCCAUAAACGCAUCCUCAAGUUCUUGCACAUCUUUGGCUCUAUGAUCCCAAAGCCACGAUUCUUACAGAAGAGGAUUGAGGAAGUGAAAAUUGGAACUUUUAAGAGCAUCGCAACUGUCAAGGAAACAGAAACUGUUUAUGAUGCUUUAUCAAUAUUUGUAGAGCGACGGGUCUCAGCCCUGCCUGUCGUCAACGAGCAAGGGAAAGUGGUGGCACUUUACUCCAGAUUUGAUGUCAUUAAUUUGGCUGCACAGAAAAACUACAACAACCUAAACAUGACGAUGCAGGAGGUCAUUCAGGGCCGCUGUUGCUGCAUAGAGGGGGUGCUGAAGUGUUACCCUCACGAAACCCUCGAAACCAUCAUUGAUCGGAUCGCUGAGGCAGAGGUUCACCGUCUAGUGCUGGUGGACACCGAGGAUGUGGUGAUGGGAAUCGUCUCGCUUUCUGAUUUGCUUCAAGCGCUGGUCUUGACUCCUGCAGGCGUUGAAGCACUUUUCUCUUAACACCAGCGGAGGGCUCCCUUUCCACCAUUAUCCUCAUUUCAUAUCCUCUCACACCAGAAUUUUGUCCUAAAGCAAACCAUGAGCCUUGAAGAUGAAUGCUUGAAGACAGAACGUGUAAAUAUUUUUAAUGUUGCUGGCACUUUGGGAUUUUAUGUAUCACUUUAAACAUGUCUUCUUAUUUUGCAAUUUUACUUGUAUAUUUGUAUAAUUUAUUGAAGAAUUACCGAAUAAUCAUUUAAUUUGUAUUAGUUCUAAGUCAGAUAAAACUACAGAUAUUUUGUUACAUAGCAUAUAAUAAUGCUAACCCUCCUGGCAAAUAAUCUCUUUUUUAAUAACAUUUUUGUUAUAAAAACUCCUGAUCACCUUGUAAAUAAACAGAUUAUUUAGAUUUA